AAAAUGUCUGUGUAAUGUAGAUAAAUGUGAGGGAUUUUCUCUCUAAAUCCGUCUCCUGUUCGCUAAAUCUCACUUCUCCAAAACGAGCCUGCGCAAUGGAACAAAGUCGGAAUAUUGAGAUGUGACAUUGCCCGCAUCUCAUCCUCUUUCUCCCCGUUUUUUAAUGACUUCAAACGAGUUCAUUUUCGCCGGGCUUUGACUUGCGGAGACCCGUGGGGAUGUCUAGCGCUCUUUCCUUUCAGUGGCAUUUAUGUGAUGUCUUCAAGAGUGCGAUGUGCUGUAUCUCCUGUAGCCACACCCUCUCACUACUGCUGUGCGUCCUCACCCUGACUCCGACGGCAACAGGGGCGGGCCCAGAGACCCUGUGCGGGGCGGAGCUGGUCGACACGCUGCAGUUUGUGUGUGGAGAGAGAGGCUUUUAUUUCAGUAAACCAACAGGCUACGGCCCCAACGCACGGCGGUCACGUGGCAUUGUGGAUGAGUGCUGCUUCCAAAGCUGUGAGCUGCGGCGCCUGGAGAUGUACUGUGCACCUGCCAAGACUAGCAAGGCAGCUCGCUCUGUGCGUUCACAGCGCCACACAGACAUGCCAAGAGCACCUAAGGUUAGUACCGCAGGGCACAAAGUGGACAAGGGCACAGAGCGUAGGACAGCACAGCAGCCAGACAAGACAAAAAACAAGAAGAGACCUUUACCUGGACAUAGUCACUCGUCCUUUAAGGAAGUGCAUCAGAAAAACUCAAGUCGAGGCAACACAGGGGGCAGAAAUUACAGAAUGUAGGGAAGGAGCGAAUGGACAAAUGCCCAGCAACCUGGGAAGAGAGAAGGGAGUGGCCUUACCUGGUACCCCUGUGGAAUGGUUCACUGUAAAACAAAACAAAGAGGAUGCUAACAGUGGUCCAAAAAGCUCUUCAAAAUGAUAGAAACCUGAGAGCUAAGUGGUGUUUAAGAGUUUGAUGAGGUAUCUUGUGAUUAUUUUAUACACUGCACCAUUCCAUAUCGGGAGGAAUUCUUUGUUAAUGCAAUGUAACAGACUAGUUUAGCUGCUGAGACACGAACAAGAGCUUAUUAUACCUCCAUGUGUGAGCUGCAGCAUCCCCUGGCUCCAGGAAAGGUGGGAACAGAUCUGGGCUUCGGCCAAUCAGAGAGCGGCAGGCUGUGUUUGAGAAAGAGUGAUCCAUCCUGUCCCCUGAACUUUGCGGAGGUAAAUCCUUUUACUCUCAGAGAGUGGAUUCGUUCACUCCUCUGGUAAGAUAGGAUAUUUUAUCACCAGUCACAUUUAACAGUAACUACCCAAGUUAAAAUCUGAUUAUCUUACUUUCAGAGCUUGUUUUCAUACACCAUGCAUUACCGAGGAUAUUUUUAAAAGGGUAAAACAAGGUUUGCUUUAAAGGACAAAGACCAGGUGGCUCAUUAUCAGACUAUUAAACAUUGUUAUAAUUAUUUAACCUCGAGCCCAAGUAAAACCCCUACUUUUCUGUAUUUAAACAGAGUCACUAGAAGGUUUGAGUCCGAUCCAAAUCCUUUCUAAGCCUCAGGAAGUGCUGAAAACCUGAGGACUCAGUCUACAAUCCAAACACUUCUAUUAUAACAAAAGCACUAUUAGAGGGUGAUUUUGAGGAAGGCAGAAAGUACAGCAGGUACUACAAAUAUUAGAUUGUACAAGAUAAAGAAACAAAUAAACCAGAACCAAACUGAAUUAACGUUUUUUGGUCAGUCAGUACAUGGUGUUUGUUCGGUUGUCAGAAAUGGGUCAUUUGGUGGAUUCAAAGUGCAUUUGGCGUAAGUGAGUGGAAAAAGUCAAAUAGCGACAAGCAAAAUGUUUGUCGUCUGCAUUUUUCACGUCAUCACCCUGGCCAAAUCUGACUUUUGUCAACAAUCCAGUCACUUGGUGAUCAACAUUUGAGUCUGAGUAGAAGCCUGAAUUCAAGGUUAAGCGCAAGUCAUCAAAGUUUAGUCACUGCAAGUCAACAAGCGCUCUAAAAAACCCACCACGAUCAGCUAGAGUUAAAUCUUUUCUUGUUCUCGUACUGACUAAAUGUUCCCAAAUCUGUCAAUACCAAUGUUUAAAGCAAAAGAUGAAGCGGUUGUAACAACAGUCAUUUAAAUGGAGAAGUUUAAUGAUUGAUCAAUCUUUGUUAGUUUAGGGAGGCCGAGAACUUUGCUACUUCAGUUGUCGCUUUGACUACAUUAUCUGCCGUGAUGGCGAGAGUACAACAGUAUCCAUUGCAAAGUCCACCAGAGAAAUAAGCAGAUAAAACGAUUUGGUAAAUAUUGUAAACCAAAACAACAUGGCCUCCUAGAGAUGUGAAAUACGGCACACAUAUAACAGUACGCAAACACACCUACAAAGCACCCAGUGUAAAUGAAAGUUGUGUAACUGUGAGCAAGGGUCAAGCACACACAGACACAUACAUACACAAAUGAAAAGCCAGUUCUGAGAAGUCCUUGCAUGAGGACUGACCGUCAUGAAUAUUUGUUCUAGCCUCCGUGCAGAUUUACAGCCAUUCUAUUGCACAAAUCGCCCAAGACAUCUCAUCUCUGGCUCUGCCUCCUCUGCCUGUGUAUAAUCAAACAGUACUCCCAUUUAUGUUAACCUAUGCAUUGCUAUCAUUCAUUGUACAUGAUGGUUUCAUAUAACAAAACUGUAUUAAGAAUCCUAUCCACUGUAUAAUGGUGCUAUUUUGUAGUUUGUUACUUGCAAGAGAUGGCUAAGACAGACAGAUGGCAGGGCUUACAUUGGAGGUCUUCCCUUUUGCACAGCCUUGUGGCCACCAUUUUAAUAGUGUUUUUAUUUGUAAGCUGUUUCAAUAAGGUAGUAGUGUAAGCGAGUAAAUGUAUCUGUGUGAAAUCUGUGAAUGCAUGGAGAAUAAAAAAUAAGAAAAUACCAUGUUGUGGUCCCAAGAAGGCAAAAUGAUAUUUUUUCUACUGUUUUUAAAUUAUUUUCUCAACAUAGAUCCCUUAUGCCAAAUAACUUGACAAAAGUACUGUGAACUGUGAUUCUUCCAAUUGUAUUGAGAUUGUUAAAAGUCAUGGUGUGCUUUUGUCUGUCCUGAGAUGUGUGUGUACAUGCACCUCACUGGAAACCAUGAUAUUGACUAUCAAAAUCACUUAAAGCGAGACUACAUAACUUUUGCUAAACAGCAGCCACAAGUGAUAACUAUAGGACAAUCGUUCAACAUUGGUUUUGCCUUUAAGAACAUGGUGUUUUAAAAUAUCAUCAUAAUUAUCUGAAACAUGCUAAAAUUAAAAGUAGCAGGCACACAAGUAGCAAAGAGCUGUAAAGUCAGCAAAUGUACUCAGUGUUGUCUAACUUAAAAGAGUAGUUUGAAAUUUAACAUUAGCUGGCUUGUUUUCUUGAGGAAAGUUAGAUGAGAAGAUUGAUACCCCUCUCAUAUGUCCAUCAUUCCUUACAAAGUCUCUCAUCAGUCAACCUGGCGACUGAAAUGAAAAAGAAGCUGGUUGGAAGACAUCACUGGUCCGCCCAGAUCUCCAGAUAUACAGUACAAACCAAAGACUUUUUGAUGAGAAAAAACCCUCACUCAGCAUUAUUAAGUCACAAAUUAAACCUACUACCAGACCAUUAAAUAGUAAUUGAUGCCAUCCCUGUCUGAACUGCACUGCAGCUACAAUACACCCUUCACACACUGUCUCUGGUACCUGAAAUACAGCUUGUGUAAUAGAUAGUAAAAGUGAGCCAGGCGAAAGUCCCUCCGUGUAUCUGGAAUUUUUGGAGCAGCAAUGCAAAAAAAGCUACAGUAACCAACUUCAAACAAUCUGACUAUAAAUCAUUCAAAUAUUUCUGUUUGCCACUUGUGUGAAAUGAUUAAGCUUAAAAAGUGGGAGUGUGUGAGACAUUCACGACUCUGUGGGGUGUUAAAUAAGAAAAUGUAAUUUCCUGAAGCUCACUGUCCAAGAAACUGUUUGAUUACAGCGCUGUUAUUUAUGGUGCUCGAUUGCCUUCUGUAGAAAAAAAAUACUGACAAAUUGUUCACCAUUCCUGCUGAAUAAACCACUUGUCAACAUCA